GUCUUUACCGUAUGGUUAGGUGAAACCUAUACCAGAAAAUGUUUAAAUGCAAACGAUAGCAUGUACGUUUGUAUAUCGGAGGAAUUCAUUUAUGGAUUUUACACUUUCGGCAGUAUUUUCUUUUGUGAAAUACAUUCUUCAGUCUUAAACUACAGUCCUGUUCAGAAGCAGCUGCUCUCCCUGGAUGAAGCUGCAGGAGAUGUUCAAGCCUGGAUAAUGGAGGGAUAAUGGAGGGAUAAGUGGAUUGAAGGAAGAGGACAGAGAGGAAGGAGGAGAAGAAAAGAGAGAUUAGGGCCUAAUCCAGGACGUGACCAAUUCCUACGGUUUUUUUAAAGACAUUGAACCACAUCAUUGAUUAUCACAUUUAAUUUAUAGCCUUUGACAUGAAAAAUGUCCUCUUGGCUUUAAAAAAAAGCUUUUUAUUUCCUCAGAUUCUUUUAAAGGGGAGUUCACGCUGAGUUGUCAGACUCUAAUACAAAGACUGAAGCAGAAAAACCCAUCAAGUGAGGAGUAAAAAAAUCUAGCAGGAAAAGAAGAGAUACCAGGAUGACCUGUGCUUCUGUAGGGUCUUGUAUGGAGACCCUUAACUGCAGCUGCAGUGCCCAGGGGAUACUCUGUUAAGAUCCACAGUAAGUCCUGCUUCAGAAACCCACCGGCCACAAGCAAUAUCCCCUGGUUUAGGGAGGCUUCCAACAAUACAGCGACUCAUAUAGACAUAGAGACAGCUGCCAGGUUUCUGACCAUCAUUUUUUUAUAGCUUUGUGGCAAUUUAAGAAAAAGCACAUUCAAGUUGUCCAUUAUUCACUUCUCACAACUGUCCAUGCAGUCUUUGUGUUAGAGUUAUUCACUCUUUUAUUGAAAACUGAACAUAGAUUCAAACACAACUCCUGUCCACCGAUACUUGACUGCAGGAGCCAAAGCACAAAUAGUGUCAUUUGCUGAGCUUAAGCUUAAGAGGCCUACCACAGUAAAUAGCCAGUUCUGUGUUUGAAAAAGUCUCGUCAUUUGUUUUAAACCUGACCAAUUCCAAUUGUUUCAUUAAUAACACAUCCUUUUAGACCGAAACAAAGGUGUGGUAGAUUUUUCCAGUGUAUGGCUACUUUUAAAAUGAGCAGCUGGAUGUUAAUGUACACCACUUGAUAACACUUUUCACAGGAAAUAUCCAUUACUCUGCCAGUUUAGAAUAACAAACGUGAACUGUGGUGACUUGUCAACAGACAGGACAUUUUCUUUGAUAAAGUAUGCUAGCAGACUGCCUUAUCUUAAUAUUUUAAGUAUCUUGUGAGCUUUUGGCUAAAAAUAAAGCAAUGUUUAAUCUGGUGGAACAUGCUUUGGAUAUUUGUAAACAACGGUACGGCCUGCUGUUCAGGACAUGCCCAUACUGGUGAAAGGGGGACCCUGCUUCUCCAUCCAGACAAAAGGCAUUGUAAGGGUUUCAAAUCUUUAAUCUGAAACGAUGUAUUCAUUUGGUGGCAGGCAUGUUGUAACACAAUAAGACAGGGGGCUGAGAGAGAUAGCUUGAAACUUGCCUUCUCACAUUUGCCAAACAAAAAAAAAAAACACUGACUAAGCUUGUAGACAAUAAUUUGAGUUGUGGGGCCGGAGAGGUUUUUGAGUGUGAAUAAAGUGUUUCUUAACAAUAUGAACUGGCUCUGGGAGUGUGGCACACUGUGUGUGUGCUAAACUGAUGGAGUCUUGAAGAUUAUUUUUUACAAACAUGUAAUUUUGGCCACUGAGUGGAAUUUAAAGAAAGCCAGUUCAUAGUUAGGUGUCUUUUCAAGAGUAAGGUACACGUUCAGAGAGAUAAUACAUGUAUGCACCAUGUAUUAACACCACAAGCAUGAAGACUAAUUAAUUUUUUUACCUUACAGAAGGGUCAUUUCAUUCUAAUUAUAAGCCUGUACGAGGCAUAAAAUGAACAAUCUUUCCUAAAUAAGGCCGAAACAGUCCCAGUCUUUGACCACAAGAACAUGGGCAGCUGUGGAGGAAUUUAUUUCUGAACUGAUGUUUUAUAAACCAAAACCCAAAACAACUGCAGAACCCAAAGUCUCUGGCCCCUUACACUGCUUUUCAGGGACCUGGGAUGUAUAAUUUAUACUCUCUUUUAUUAUGACCGAAAUAUGGCAGCUCUGGACAACAACACAAAUCAAACGGACCUGGGCAGCUCUGUGAGCUAAAAGGGGAGUUCAGAUAAACAACAUCCUGGCACCGGUUUCCCGCCACGGCGAGGCAGAGAACACUGCGAGACUGACUUUGAGCGGCUCUGAAUGCUGUUUCUGUCCAAGGAAUUCUCUUUCUGCAAUUACACAGAAUUUGACACAUGGCUUACAAAAACUAAACUAAAAAAAUUUGGUUCUGGGUCAUACACCUGGAGAAGGUAUUUGAACUUACAACGUGCAACUGAAAGAGGCUUUGCCUGCAAGUUGCAUUGAGUAUUUUCUCUCCCUCUUUCAUUGGGAUUAAAGCAUUUUUGGGUCACCGACCCACUCGCUCACGAUGAGUCUGAAGCUCCCAGGGAUAAAGGGCCUGGUGUCCUCCUCCCAAAGGAAGCGGCGCUUUAAGAAGGACCUCACCGCGGACAUGAUCAGCCCCCCGAUGGGCGACUUCCGCCACACCAUGCACGUGGGCCGCGGGGGCGACGUGUUCGGCGACACCUCCUUCCUCAGCAACCACGGCGGCACGGGGAACGGGGCAGUGGCGGACCCUGUCGAUUCUCCCUCCCUCAAGACCGCCGGCUUCUUCUCCCGCACCCUGCGCCACGUUCGCAAGACUCCCACCCCCCAACGCGCCGUCCCCCCGGACAGCUCCCCGCCUCCCCCCGCCGUCUCCCCCAUCAUCAAAAACGCCAUCUCCCUGCCGCGGCUGGACGCUGACGCUCCCAACGGCCGCCUGCAGAGGGAGCUCUUCCCCAGUUCACCCAGGUCCCCAGAGGACUUCACCUGCACAUAUGGUGUGGAAUCUGGCUUCGCCACCUUGCCCCGUUCCGGAACCUACCGCUCGGAUUUCCGCCGCAGCUCGGUGCCGGACGACAGCAUCCUCCCUCUGCUGCACUGCGACUCCAUGACCUCCUUCACCGUCGACCUGGGGCCCUCCCUCAUGAGCGAGGUUUUCGGCGUGAUUGACAGCCCGGACGGCGGCCGUCACAGCUGGGUGGACGAGGAGAAGCGGGAAGAGGAAGAGGAGAAGGAGCCCUGCCCGCCCAGCGGUCAUGCGACCUUCCCAGCGAGUACCCCGGUGGCGGGCUCCCUGCUGAGGGAGGAUCUGAACAUGCGAGGAUUCGGCUCGCGUGGCAGGGAGUGGGAGGAGCUGGAGGGGGAUCCGCCCAGGAGGGCCAUCCCAGAUGUGCUGAUGGGGUCCACUGCGAGGGCGGAGCCAGGCAUGGAGGCAGUGAGGUUCAAAAUGGCCGCCAAUGUGCUGGCACGCCAUUACGGGAGCGGGGGACUUUCGAAAGGGACACAGGAGACUGUGGAUUGGGACAAACGGCAGUUCAGCCCAGAUACUGUGGACUCUACUGGAUGUGCCAAGAGGAGAGGGCCUUGCGCCUAUCCAGAGGAAGAGGAUGAAAUAAAAGUAUAAAAAAACAAGCAAAGCAAGUCCUUUGAGCGUGGCUGUUAUAUAUACAACUAUAUAAUUAUAGCCAUGUGAUGGAAUGUCCUUUUUGUAUGUGUGUAUGUGAGAGCCAGGUGAAAUGGUAAUGCGUUUGCAGAGUCUAGGUCCUGGACAAUCCUCAAACUGCAAAUAUUUUCCUUCUUCUUAUAAUACACCAUAUCAAUUCAUCUUUAACAUAUGAAAUCCUGAGCAAGGUCAUGGUUAACUAUAACAGUGUUAGCACCAAGACUUGUUUCCCAGGGUAAGAUUUUAAAACUGGCAGAAAUAUGAUCAUCGAAGGAAACAAAAUGACCAUGUCAAUACUGUCAACACCUUCAACUAUGGUGCAAGAUCAAUAAACUGCAUUUAAGAGACGUAUGCCAAUUGGGAAUUUAAAAUAAUGGAAUUGAUAUAUUUUGGACACAUAUCCAAAUUAUAAAAGAAACACAGACAUGGACAGAUUUAUUGUUAAUCCUUAAACACUGACCCUUGAAUACAUGGCAUAUUCUCAAUAUCAACACACCCACCACAUGUGAAGUCGCAGAACUGCUCCGACGUUCUGCCUUACUGCUAAAGUCUUUACGUGGGUGGAGCAUGGCUGUUCAUUUGGGACUUGGCUUCUCGCUAACUUGGCAUCUCCAGAAUGCCACUCAAUCCUCACGGAACACAAAACCUUCAUAUAAAAGCAAAAAGAGGAAUGGGAUGGUAAAUGGUUGGCAUUUAUAUAGAGCCGUUAUCCAAAGCGCUGUACAAUUGACGCUUCUCAUUCACCCAUUCACACACCAACGGCGAUUGGCUGUCAUGCAAGGUGCCGUCCAGCUCGUCAGGAGCGUCUUGGGGGUUAGGUGUCUUACUCAGGGACACUUCGACACAGCCUGGGCGGGGGAUCAAACCUGCAACCCUCAGACUGCCAGACAACUGAGCCAUGUCACCCCAAUGGCAAAACAUGAGUCAUAACAGCAUGUUGCAGUGUAUUAUUGUUCAGCGUCUUAAUAUAAGAUGAAUAUAAAUAAAUGUCCAGCAUGAAUUGAUAAAUAUGCAAGUGCUGCAAAGAUUGAAAAAGAAAAGAGAUCACACAAAGUGUUUUUAUUUUAGGGAACUCUUGUAAUGUGAUGCAUAUGGACUUUGAGUUAGUUUGAGGAAACAGAUCGAAUGAAAUGGGAAAAUUAAACAGAUUUUGUUUGUAGAUAUUUGUCAGUAUUAAUAUAUUUUUUCAUGUUAUAAGAAUAUUAUGCAUGUUUUUUUUGUGAUAUGCAUCUGACACACACAGUUCCCAUCAUCGUUUACUGUUCGUUCCAGCGAAACUUUCUGCAGUCAUCCUUCAUGCUUUCCGCUUCCUCUCAAAAGCCAAUACAUUAUGCUGUUGCUGUUGGAGUUGUAUUACCAAGUUCAAUUUUAAAAUGCCCAUACAUUUCUGUUAGGUGUGUAUUGUUAAUGUUUAUAACAAAGAAACAAAACAAACAGCUUAAGCAAAACAUUGUGGGCGGCCUUUGGGUAACUGUGUUACACUUUUAUGCCUUAUGCCUUGAGCAGUCAAGGCCAGUCUAAAAAAACGUAUGUAUAUGUACAAUACAAAUGUAUGUGGUGCACUUACAAAUAGUAACAAUUAUAUUGUAUAAUGAGUAUAAUAAAAAGUCUUGUUUU